AUGAAUACCUCGAUAAUAUUUUAUAGUCAUAUUGUUACAACAUUUACAAACAAAAGUGAACAUAUAUCAGAAGCUGAAGCUUGUGAAAGGGAAGAAAUUUACAGUACACGUGAUAUAGGGUCCUUUAUAUACUUUAAUAUAACAGGAUCCAAUGGAAAAUUUAUUGAUGAUUCUCCACCUAAAUAUGCAAAUUCAAUGAUAAAGCGUUAUGUUUCUCUCAAUCAAUCAACAUACCUUGCACUUUAUGCAAUUAAGGAUAUAGGUGUUAGUACAGAAUUGCGAUAUGACUAUGGCGAUGAUCCCUCUAAAAUGACAUGGCGUAAAGAGGAUGAGAUCAAUAUUAAAUCACUCAAUCUGCAUCAAAAUUCAUUAUUAAUUCACAAUCUAAAUUCUGAGGAUUCAGUUGAUUUUGAUAUUGUUGAUGCAAAAAUAGAGGAUGUAGAAUUUUUUGAAGAUUAUUUUGACAAUUUUAAUAAAGAAGCUGACAAUGAAGGUGUAGUGCCUUAUCUGUAUUGCAAAGAUAAUAAAUUGCACAGUGUUCUAACACGGUAUUUAAAAUUAGUUCACAGAAAAGAGCCAGAAGUUGUCAAGGCUAUUUCUCUGCCUAAAAGAGAACAGCGUGAAGCUUUUGAUCUCUUACGAAAAAAAAGUAUAUUUCAAUUUAAUAUGAAUGAAGUAAAAAAGUCAAGUCCAACUUUUAUACGUGAAAGAAAAGGUUCUGAUAAGACUGAUAUAAGCAAUUUAGUUGUUUGUGUAAAAUGUAAGGGUUUUUAUUCAAAAAAUUACAAACCUCGUCAUCAACUUAUUUGUGGACGUGAAAAUGGACAAGUAAUCAUUUCUAUACUACCUGUAGAUUUCUUAUUAAAAAUUGAUUGUUUAGAUGAUGACUUUAAUUCAGUUAUAAACAAAAUGAUACAAGAUGAGGUAUCAGACAUAGCAAAAUUGGACCCAGUUAUAUUAAUGAUAAGAACGCGCAUUAACAAUGGUCAAAAAUGCAAAACCGAAAAAAAAUAUGAAGUUGAAAAGAAAGAAUUAGAUUCAGCUAAUGAUGCAUCAAAGAUGUUUGAAAAAGAAAAUCUGAGCUAUUUACGCUUAGCUAUUGAUGAGUUAACCAAGGAUGCUAAUGAAAUAAUAUGUGGUUUCAAAAUACAAUUGCAAAAUCUGAUAAAACUAGCAUCUAAAAUAUUAGAAGCCAAUUACCUUGUCAAUGGUAUUAACAUUAGUGCAGACAUAGUUAGAGACUUUAUAUCUGUUUUUUCUAUGGUUGAACAAGAGAUUUUUGGUGGUGCUUUAUAUCGAAUUCUACAGAAACGCAAUAAGUCUUCUAGAUAG